UCACCAUGAGCGCGCGGCAUCCAGCACGCCUGAUCCCCGUCUUCCUGCUGGUGCUCAUCGGCGUCGGCCUGGUCCAGGUCGGCUUCCUGAUCGACAAGACGACCAUCUCCAACAUCACCACCCCGCUCAAGGGGAUCAUGAAGGGCAGCCCGUACCACCAGUCGAGCACCGAGGAGGCGAUCACGAGCCCGCAUGACAUCUACAAGCCGACCGACUGGGAGUCGGACUACUUCUACAAGUGGGGGCAGACACGGGCAGGGUACAGAUGGGUGACCGAGUCACGGCUACGCGCGCUCGCGGCGUGCUCGGCCCGCGGCGACUGCCCAGCAAAUGCGCACAAGAUUGCCAUCUUUGCGACGAUUCACUCCCACAUGGCCCUGUUUGACGGGUACACUGGUGGCGAAGGAACAUGGUCCAAGGGCAUGAUCAAGUCGUUAGAGCGACAAGGUUACACUGUGCUGUUCGCGCGCAACAACUUUGAGUACGUGUACCACAUCUAUCGCCAGUUCCCCGACCUCGUCAAGGCCAUCUUUGUCGACCCCUCGGGUGACAACGGUCAAAAGUACACCGACUUCCUGAAGAAGCCCGACCGGCUCAACGGUAUCCCCGCAUGGAAGUUCUUCAUCGCAUACUACUUCCCCAACGCGUUCUCCAGCAUCGUCGGCAACAAAUGGGUGCUGACCGCCGAGCCCAACGACAAUAACCUGACCACGUACACGGGGUACGAGAUCGACCGGAGCAAGACGUUGAAGAACUAUGUUCCCUUUGAGCAGCGGCCGCACCGGGUCUACGUGCUGGCCAAGUACCUGCACUUCUUCGCCAACCACUCGAUGGCGGCCAAGGUGUGGGACGACGACUACUACCAGCGCGCGACCGACGAGCUGCGGCAGCGCUGGCCGGAUUUCGAGAUUGUCGGCGCCAUCAUCGACUCGCGCGGCGAGAAGGAGCAGAAGGCCGAGCCGUGGACGCUCCCGCCCGGCAUCCGGAACAUGGGCAAGCUCGGCCCGGCAGAGUUUGACGAGGCCCUCUCCAACUCGCGCCUGCUGCUCGGUGUCGGACGACCGGGGCUCAGCCCGUCCCCGUGGCGCGGGCUCGCCCUCGGCCUGCCCUUCCUCAACCCCGGCGACCCGGCGCACAAGGGUCCAUGGCAGCACCACACGGUCGCCAAGCUCGGCCCACCAUACUCGUACAACACGCAAAAGUUCAACUACACCGAGUUUGUCAACAACAUUGCUGCGGCCAUGGAGACGCCAAUCGAGCCAUACAUCCACCCACUGAUGGAGGCCGAGGCGGUCGAUCGCCGCAUGCACGACGUCAUGACCCGCGACUGGCGGUCCGAGGCCGCCGCGAUCCUCGAGGAGCGCAAGAAGGGCAACGAGACGCAGCUCUUCAUCGACCACCCUUAUGCUGGUGGACCAGAGCUCUUCGAGUUGUAA